AUGAACGACAAAACAACCUCAGAACUACAAGCGACCAUCGCAGCCACACAGUCUGCGAUCGAUGGUGUGCUGAGGAAAAUGAACGGCGAACUAGUGUUAAAGGAACGCCUCAAGAUGAAAGAGAAGGCUCUGAUGGCUCUGGCAGUGGAUCUCGCCAUGGGGCAAGGCAUCCACGUGUCUGAUGAUGACCUGCCAGUCAGUGAUCUGGUAGGUAUCUGA